AUGGAUGAUGAGACUACAGAAAAGCCACACAAUCACAACUUUGUCCUAUUCGGCGGAUUGCUUUGUUUGAUUUUAUUACUCCCAAUCGUUUAUCUCUUCUACAAACUUUUUGUGCUAUGGAGAAUGAAAAAGGAGAAAAUCAAGCGAAUGUUGAGAGAAAACGAUCGAAUCAAAGCUCUUCACCUAAAAGCGGCUACAAUUAGAGCUCUGACAAAGCAAAGUGUUUCAUCAACACCUGAAACUCGAAUGUCGACCAGUGCUUCCUCUCUGCCUCCUCGAUUGCACACAGCACCAGCAGCCGUACUUCCGGGUUUAAUCGAAACAUCGACCACUCAAACGAAAGGAGAAAAUCGACAAAAUGGAAUCUCUGAGCUCGAUCCAACAAAAAUCUCAAAAGCUCAAUGUGUUGAAAGAAAUCUGAUGGACAUUGGCCCUCUUCCACAGGAUAUUUCUGAUUUAGAGGAAGAGAUUGAAGAAAGAAGAAGAAAGCUUUUAAAAAUGCCU